AUGGCCUGGCGAGGUUCGCUUUCCAGAUCUCUCAUGUCCACCGCGAGGGUCUUUAACUCAUCUCCCUCGCUCUCGGCCACCCGGAGCCUCCGUCCUCCGCCGCUGUCUGCCCCUCGCAUCCAAGUCCGCAGUCGCUCUUUCUCAAACCCCAGAAGAAUUGGGGAACUGGGAUGUGCCCAGUCGCUAGUGCCACUGGCGACGGGAGUACGGCUGACUUCUCAUUUGUCUGUGAAAGUGCUAGCAUGCUCUGAGUUGUCGCACGGGAGGAAUGGAAAAGAUGGGUGA